CCGCAGAGAGCACGCUAAGUUUCGAGUUGACCAAUCGGGGACGAUGAGGUCGCCUCACCGCCUCCGCGUGUCCGUCCGCGCAAAUUAAGCCGUCACUGUCGCCGCGUACUGAUUCCUCCUCCCACGGCGAGUCGCGACGCGCCACCGUCCGUCUUCCUCUACCAUAUACCAGGUCUCCUCCCAUCCCAUGCCUUCUUAUACAACAAUCCCGCCGUCGUCGUACGUUGAUACCGCCCUCUCGACGACCGCCGCGCGAGCCGAGGCCGAGGCCCGAGACCACCGAUCGACCUAUGGCGCCGGAAGAGGAGGAGAAGGAGCAGGAGGAGAGGGUGUUCGUGGCGGUGCCGGCGGAGCCCAGAGCCGCGCGGUCCACGCUGGCAUGGGCUCUCGGCCACCUCUGCGGAGGCGGCGGCGGCGCAACGGUCGUCGUCGUCCUCACCCACGUGCACGUCCCGCCGCAGAUGAUCCCCGUCAUGGGAGGCAGGUUCCAUGCCAGCAAGCUGAGCUGGGAGCAGGUGAGCUCGUUCAGAACGACGGAGCGGGAGAAGGCCGACAGGAUGCUCGACGACUACGUCCAUCAGUGCUCCAAAGUGAAGGUGAAAUGCGAGAAACUGGUGGUCGAGAAUGAAGACGUGGUGUCCGGCGUCGUCGAGCUCAUCGCCUCGCGUGGAGUAACCAAGCUGGUGAUUUCAGCUGCCGCGGACAGGCAGUACUCAAGAAAGUUGGACAGGCCUGUGUCCAAGACAGCAGCUGCCAUAAUGCAGACAGCCGACCCGUCGUGCAAGAUUUGGUUCGUCUGCAAGGAGCAAUUAAUCUGCAUCAGGGACAUCGAAACAGAAAAUGCACCGGCUUUGCUCCCAAAUGCUUGCCGCGAGGUUCUGCCCGUGUCAGCUGAUCAGGAAGAGGAUGAAACCAAGAUGGAAUUGGAGUUCUACGAUGAAGUCAAAGAAGCAUGCAGAGCAGCCGAGGAUUUGAUGAACAGAGCUUUGAAGGAAUCUGGGAGGCGCCAGAAGGCAGACGAAGAAGUGGCAUCGUCUCUGCAGAAAGCGAAAGAAUACGAGGAGAUGUACCUGGAGGAGGUGAGGAGGAGGCAAGAGCUCGAGGCAGCCCUUGACAAAGCAAACGCAGAAAUUAUGCAGCUAAGGCAGGCAAUCAGUCGAAACACAGCCUUGGAGGAAUCCCUAGAGGCGACGAUAGUAACUUCGAUCCUGGAGAAGCGCAUCAUCGUCUCCGGCGACGGCGUGAAAGCCGGUUUUGCGACGGAGCAUUGCCUGGAGUGUGCUCAGGUUCAGGCACACGUUGAUUAUCACGGCGACGGGGGUGCCAAGGAACCGGAGGAACUCGUACCGUCGCCUUUUCUCGGUGAAGACGAUUCACCUGUGAAGCUGACGGCGGCAGCGGCCUUUCGUCUUGAUCGCCCGGUAUUCGCCCCGCCACGCGCGCGCUAUUUUGUUAGCUUCGCAGGAAUGGAGGCGGCGGCGGCGAGCCCGCGGAGCACUAGUACCACUACCGGCGGCAAUGGCAUGACGGCGGCGUCGGCGGAGGCGCUCGAGGAGGAGGAGGAGGAGGAGCAGCAGUCCGUGAUGAAGGUGUUCGUGGCGCUGCCGGAGAAGUACAAGAGCGGCAGGUCCACUGUCGCCUGGGCGCUCCGCCACCUCGCCGCCGGGUCCGCCGUCGUGGUGGUGGUGGUCGCGCACGUCCACUCGCCGGCGCAGAUGAUCCCGAUAUUGGGAAGCAAAUUCCAGGCAAGCAAAUUGAGACCAGAGGAGGUUGAUGCUUACAGGCAGUACGAAAGGGGCAAGGUGAACAAGCAUUUGGACGAGUACAUUCGCCAGUGCACCAAAAUGAAGAUCAAGGUCGAGAAACUUGUUAUCGAGCAUGAAGAUGUGGCGGAGGGGAUCGUACAGCUUGUCUCGAAGCACAAUGUCGGCAAGCUCGUCAUGGGAGCAGCCGCUGACAAGUACUUCUCUAGAUCCAGGAAAAUGGAGGCGCCGAGGUCGAAAAAGGCGCUUGCAGUGAUGCAGAAUGCUGACCCUGCAUGCAAGAUUUGGUUCGUUUGCAAGGAGCAUCUGAUAUACACCAGAGAGGUUGGCGACACCAGAAAAAUCCCAACACCCACUCCAUCCGCACGGUACUCCGUGCAGCCAAGCCGAUACGCGAAGAUGGCAGUCGCGGGCUGCAUGAAGAUGCAGAGGUCCAUGUCGGAGAAGGCGCUGCCGCUGCGGCCGUCUUCUUCUUCUUCUUCUUCCCGCCCGGCCGCCGCGCGACGAGCUCUCAGCGUCCUGUGCCUGGAGGAGGACCUCUCCGUCGGCUCCUGGGACAGCGUGCCGGAAGAAAUCCUCCCGAGCUCGUGCCGCGGCGAGGCGUCGUCCAGCGACGACGACGACGACGACGAGUCCAGCUCGUUCGAGGUUCCCCUCGACGAAGCCUUGGCAGCGAUCCUUCCGAUCAGCAGCACGGUGCCGGGCCAUCAUCAGCAGGUGGCCAAGUUUUUCGAGGAUUUGUGCUCUGACGAGGCCGCGAGGAAGACCAAGGGGGGAGGAGUCAAGGAGGAGGCGGCUCUGGCCAAGGAGGAGGUGCGAGUUUUGAAGGAAGAAAUGGAAGCGCUGAAGCGCGACCGUGACGCCGCCGUCGGCGAGCUCUCCGAGCAGAAGGCGGAGCUGGAGCAGCGAGUCGCCGAGCUCGAGGACGCGGCGGCCAGCGAAGCGAUCCUCGAGGAGGAGGAGGAGGAGGAGGAGGAGGAGGAGGGCGUGGAUGGUUUGGCAUGGCGCGCUGCGGAGUUCUCUCUGGUGGAGCUCCGGCUUGCCACUGGCAACUUCGGCGACGCGGCGAAGGUCAGCGAUGGCGUGUACAGGGGUGUGCUGCGCAGCGCGACGGUGGCGAUCAAGCUGCUUCCCUGCCGUAGCCCGCAAGGACCGCCGCAGUUCCCGCGCCAGGUAAAUACUCUCCUGUGCACACUUGACAUUGAAAGCAACCUAUCGCAGAUUUGUACUAAACCGAUGUUACGAUUGCAGGUUCGUGCGCUGAGCAGAGUGAGGCACCCAAACCUGGUGACGCCGAUCGGCCUCUGCCCAAAGCCUCCGGCUCUGGUCUACGAGUACCUCCCCAACGGGACCCUCGAAGACCGCCUCGCCACGUCACCGCCGCUGACAUGGCAUGCCCGCACGCGGAUCAUCGGCGAGAUCUGCGCCGCUCUCGUCUCUCUCCACUCUGCCCAGCCCCGCCCCGUCAUCCACGGCGACGUCAACCCGUCCAACGUGCUCCUCAACGCCGACCUGGACACCACCUGCCAGCUCGCCGACGCCGGCGGCCUGGUCUCCUCCCGCCUCCUCCUGACCGCCACGCCAUCGAUGGCGGCGGCGUACGCGGACCCGGAGCUCCAGGGCGGGGAGCCGACGGCGAGCUCCGACGUGUACGCGUUCGGGGUGCUCGUGCUGCGGCUGGUGACGGGCGCGCCGCCGCUCGGCGUGGCGGGGAAGGUGGAGGAGGCGCUGGAGAGGGGCGAGAUGGAGGAGGCGGUGGAUCGGACGGCCGGUGAGUGGCCGUUCGCGCAGGCAGAGAAGCUCAUGCUGCUCGGGCUGCAGUGCGCGGAGGCGAGCGCCAGGAAGCGGCCCGACCGGAUGAGCCAGGUCUGGCGGGUCGUAGGGCCCCUCGUCAAAGCGGCUGCUGCCAUGCCAGUCCCGGCACCGGCAGCAGAGUCUCCUGCAGGUUGCUUGUUCGGUGAGACACACGCGCCCCUCUACUUCACCUGCCCGAUUUCUCAGGAGGUUAUGAGGAACCCUCACAUGGCAGCAGAUGGCUUCACCUACGAAGCGGAGGCCAUCAAAGGAUGGCUCGACAGCGGGCACGAUACAUCGCCGAUGACCAAAUUAGCUCUACCGCACCGCCACGUCACCCCGAACUACGCUCUUCGUUCUGCCAUCGAGGACUAUAUGAAGAAGCAGCAGCAGCACACGACAGCGUCGCAAUCCGUUCGGUCAAAUUGAUAUGAUAUUGAUGUCACCAGUUGCUCUGCUCUUGCUGUGCACAUAUUAAGUAGAGCAGUUGUGUUUGGGGUUUGUGAACUGCAACUCGCGAUGAAUUUCUCCAUGGUUUUUUCA